CGUCGAUAAGUCCUUCGCUUAAACAUGUCGCCAAGUCAGAAACGGCGCCGACGUGGCUUUGAAUACAGUCCUCUGCAAUCCAACAGUUUCAGAUUACUAGAGCUCAUUCCUGGACAAAGCCUAUCCGCCGAUAUUCAUUGCAGGCUUCAGGACUAUCAGCUAGAUUUAGCGCCGCCAUACGAAGCUUUCUCAUGUACGUGGGGUGAUAAGAAGAGUAUGUGCCGGAUAUCAUUGAACGAUUUAUCCUUUCAUAUCCGACCAAACCUUGGAAAUGUGUUGCGUCGCCUGCGGCAAUCUUCAAGCACAAGAAUCCUCUGGAUUGAUGCAAUAUGCAUCAACCAAAGUAACGAGGACGAGAAAAGCAUUCAAGUGCCUCUAACGGGAAAUAUAUAUACUAGAGCAGAACAGGCGAUUGCGUGACUUGGUGAAGAGACGGUUGAGAGUGGGGUAGCUCUUGAUUUCAUUCCAGAGUUGACCAAAAUCGCUAAAAUCGACGACGAGUCCACCUGGCUGUCACACCUUGAUGAUGACAAAUUUCUUCGGCGAUUGAUAUCCCUUUAUCACCUAUUCAUCCAUCCCUGGUGGCAAAGAAUGUGGAUAGUCCAAGAAGUGGCACUAGUUCCGGAUGUCCUUGUUUUAUGCGGCUCUCGUCAUGUUCGUUGGUCG